AAGUCAGCGAUCUAACCGGGUAACGUUGCGAUAUUUCAGGCCGCACAGCUGGACUACAAUAUUUUUUCCGUUAGCGGGAUAGUGUGACGUGCCAUGUGGGUUCGGUUACGUACGAUAUAAGAUCAGUCUUAUUCGUUCUUCCAUGCGAGUCCACGCGAUCCCGGACACGAAGUGUGCCGGACGACAACAUCAGCAACCCGCUGGACAACAAGCAGAAUCCGUAGGACGAGUUAUGAGUACACAGCUGUUCCGGUGAAUGGGUCAAAUCUCAUCUUAAAGUCGCGAAUGCAUAACAGCUCUAAGAAUGUGGUUGCCAACGGGGAACGAUGACCUCCCGAUCUUCUUGCUGUUUCUGCUCGGUGUACUUGCCUCUCGGUCGUACUGCCUUGAGGUGAUAUACGCGAUUAACGCAGGUGGCGAGGCGCACACGGAUAGUUAUGGGAUACAUUUUGCCAGGGAUCCUCUCAUGGGGAAAGUCGGCACGGCCUCCGAUUAUGGUAAGCAGCUUAUCAUCGGGCGCAUCGGCAACGUGGACCAGAUAUUAUACCAAACCGAGCGUUAUCAUCACAACACCUUUGGAUAUGACAUCCCAAUCAGCCAGGAUGGGAAUUACGUUAUGAUACUUAAGUUUUGCGAGGUGUACUUCAACUCGCCAAACAUGAAGGUCUUUGACGUGGUGCUGAAUGGCGAUCAUACUGUGGUCACCGAUUUAGACAUCUUUGAGAGGGUUGGUCGAGGUGUUGCACAUGACGAAUAUGUACCGUUUAGGGUACAGGGUGGAAAGUUGAUAUACAAUGAUGAAGAAUCAGACAUUCUUGCAGGGAAGAUAAGAGUAGAAUUUAUAAAGGGUUAUAGAGACAAUCCAAAAAUAAAUGCUAUAGCUGUUGUGAAAGGUGUUUUGGAUGAUGUACCACAAUUGGGACCGAUACCGCCUGAUCCAGAGGAUUAUCACGGUAUGCAAGAAGAGGAGGAAGAAACUACUAUGCGUAGUAGACACACGAGCGGGCCCAGGACACCUGAUCCGUACUUGAUAGACGAUUCGUCUGUAAUGUUACCUGUUUUUGUAGCCAUCGGCGCUUUUAUUCCAUUAUUGUUUUGUUUAUGUAAAUUAUAAGUGGACACACACGUACAUAGAAAUGCCUUGUACUUAACGGUAACAGUGUUCCCAAUUAUUUAGGCUUGCUCAAUCUACAAGAGGAUGUCUAAAUAGUGUAAAUAAAUAAGUAAUCAGUUAUCUAAGCUCCUUUUUGCAUUGCUAGACUUAGCAUGUGAGAAUAUUUAUUUUUAAUUUAUAAAUAUAGUAUUACGUGAAAUGUGUUCCUCACGUUUAUCUAAUUAUAGAUUUUUGAAGUAUUUUAUAAUAGGAACAUUGUUUUUUCGAUAAAAAUUGAUAUAAUUUUUUCAUAACUUCUAAGUAUUUACUAAGCAAUUUCACAAUUAGAGAGAGAGAGAGAGAGAG